CAUUCCCAACCUCGCCGGCGUGAACUAGACGUGAGACGGACCAACUCCAUCUCCGAAUCCAUGGAGCACAGCGACGGGGAGAUCGCCGCGCCACCCAAGGACCGCCUCAGCGCGCUUCCCGUCGACAUUCUCAUCGACAUCCUUCUCAAGCUCCGCGACGCCGCCGCCGCCGCUCGGACCAGCGGCCUCUCCCGCCAAUGGCGCCACCUCUGGGCGCUCCUCCCGGAGCUCUACUUCCACCCGGCCACUCGUCCCAACGACAUCCGCGCCGCCAUCGAGUCCAACGAAGCGCUGGCCCUCCGCCGCCUCGAAGUCGAGGUCAUCGACCCCACCCCCGAGUCCCUGGAAGUCUGGCUUCCUACUGCCGCGGACCGCCUCUCCGGAGAUCUGCAACUCAGCAACGAGGUGCGUAACGGGACGGAAGGAGGAGGCGCCGUUGAGCUACCCUGCUUCGAGGACGCCACCGGGAUCCGCCUCGACCUAGGGGCUCUUGCCCUCGCCAUGCCGCCUUUGGGCGUAUUCGCCGGGCUCACCGAGCUCUUCCUGUCUGGAUUCGAGCUACGUGGUCCGUGCAUGCUCGGUGAUGCCGUCUCCUCGCCACGCUGCCCGGCCUUACGGAAACUCACCGUCCGUUGUGCCUGGGGUCUAGCCAACCUUGCGAUCCACUCAGAUUCUCUCCUGGAAAUCGAGCUAACAAAUCUGGAGCCUCCAGGCGACAUCUCUUGUCUGGGAAACUUCACCAUUCACUCCGAGUCUCUCUUGCAAAUGCAUCUGAUUAAAGUGCAUGACAUGCAGCAGCUCACUGUUUUUGCGCCGGCACUCGAAGUGUUAAAUGUGCUCUACUGCUUUGCUCAUGGGGAUGGGUCGACUUGCAGUGAGCCGGUUGCAGAAAUCACUGCCCCUCGGCUGAUGUCCCUCAAUUGGAAGGAUGCCUGUGAACCCUUCACCAAGUUUAACAACGUGGGAAAUUUAGAGUGGCUGACCACACACCCUUUUCAUGUAUAUGGACAAGCUGCCCAGAAAUUCUCAAAUGAUUGGUUUUUGUGCCUAAUGCAGCGCUUCGUGCUCGUCCAGAAUCUCAGAUUCAGCCUUGUCUAUCUGCUGGACAUUACCAACAAACAGUACUUGAUGGAAGACAUUACAAGUCUCCCGGACAUUACAGGGUUGAUCCUGGAGAUAAAACCAAAUGGACAUUCCUUUGGAGCCAGUGUGUUUCAUGUUCUCCGGAUGUGUACUGGUCUAAGAGAUCUGCGACUUACACUUAUGGGUACACAAACUGCAUGCCCAUCAGGUUGUGUCUGCGAUCAGCCCCCAAACUGGAAGACCCAGGAACUCACGCUGAGUUGCCUCCGAGAAGUAACAAUCAGUAAACUGAGAGGAACUGAACAUGAAGCUGCUCUUAUCAAACGGUUAUUCAACUGGGCAACAGCGCUAGAAAAGAUAACAAUAGCAUUCCAUGGCUCAAUCCCUGAAAGCAAGGCCAAUGAGUUCUUCCAGAUGCUUCAAAGUUUUUCCAGGCCAGAAAUAUGUAUGAAGGGCCCUUGCUUCGCCUAAUGUAGUAGUCGCAACGUUACUGAGAACCAAGCGUGCCUGAAACUUAACGCAUACUGCUGCUUCUCCAAGAACACUUGAGCAUGUUCCAAAAGACUAAGUCACCAGUUUGUCAGUUUACGUUUGUGGUCGUUUUACAGUUCUCUUAUCUCAUAUCAGUAUCAGCUGCACCCGUUGUUUACACGAGAGUCUGGUUGAUCAGGCUUUAUCAAUCGCACUGUUUGCCGCACUACCUUAUACUAUAUAUUUUGCAGGGUGUACUAUACUGUUCAUACAUUUGUACCAUUCAGAUGUUUUUAUUUAUUUACUGCACUUAA